AAUUCUUGGUCAAUGCUGUCAUUUUCAUUAUGAAAUCGUGAUCUCUGGUAAACAAAGCGUUUCGCUUUUGCUUACUAGGAUUUCUAAUAAUAGUGCAAAAAAAGACAAACAAUGUUGAACGAAUUAAUAUCUUGGGUAUUAAAUACAUAUCUUGGCAAAUAUUUGGAAGAUUUCAAUCCACAACAAUUGUCGGUGGCACUGCUCUCAGGCGAAGUCGAAUUAGAAAAUGUACCAAUUCGUAAAGAUGCACUACGCUCAUUCGGUAUUCCACUGCAAGCCCACUCGGGCAAUAUUGGCAAAAUAAAAUUACAGAUACCAGUGCGUCAAUUCCGCACUGCGCCAUGGUGCAUAAUCAUCGAACGAGUUUAUGGCGUAUUCGGCCCAAAAGACAUCGAUGACUGGGAUGAUGAUAAAGAGAAAUUUGCCGAGUAUGAAUUUAAAGUUGCUGAACUUGAUGCCAAAGAAGCAAAGUGGCGCGUGGAGAAUGGCUAUCAAAUCGAUAGCUAUUACUCGAAAUCCUACACAAGUUGGCUGAAUUACGGGACCACCUUGGCCACGAAUAUUUUAGAGAAUCUUGAAUUGAAAAUCAACGAUGUACAUAUACGAUAUGAAGAUGCAUUAACUGUUUCUGGAGUGCAAUUUGCCGCUGGCAUUAAAAUUAAUUCACUCACCGCACAAAGCUGUGACGCCAAUUGGCAAGCGCGUUCGAGCACACCUAAUGAUCAAAAUGUUUCAUAUAAAUUAAUUGAAUUGAAAGAUUUGUCAUUGUAUUGGGAUCGCAUGACGAAGGAUAACAAGUGUUCACAAUUGUUAUCGAAGGAGCUGUUGGAGCGCAUGAAUCAGGUGUGCGACGCGAGUAAGCAUAAUUAUAUACUACAUCCAAUAAGCGCGCGGGCACACUUCAAGCGUGAGUGUUGCAAGCAAGCGUUACGCUCCAAAUCGAAACCACGUUUGAAUUGCGAAUUUUUGGUGCAAGAGGUGAAAGUGGCUGUUAGUGAUCUUCAAUAUAAACAAAUUGUGGACUGUGUAUACGGCUUGCGACAACUUAAUCGCAAGCGCACGUACAAACUAAUGCGUCCAUGUUGUACCGUAUUUGAAAAUGCUGUGCUCUGGUGGAAAUAUGCUGCCAAAUGCCAUGGCUUCGAACACCAAUGUACUGAAAGUAAAUGGCUGAAAUUGAGAGAAAAUCUCCGUUAUAUGCGAAUUUAUAAGCGGCUAUUAAUCAAUCCAAAUGAAAAUAUCACAGUUGAGGAAAAAGAGUUUAAGGCGCAUAUGGAAAAGUCACGAGAGCUACAUGAAUUACAUACGUUACGAACUGUUUGCCGAACGAAUAUAUUCACAAAUGAUGUGCACUUAAAAGCGAGCAAUAUAGAUCAUGGAAAAAGUAUGUUAUUUCAUUGGUUUCCUAAUUGGUGGGGCUGGUAUGGCAAUACUGAAGCUAGUGUCGUGCCAGCGCAGGAUGAGGCCUACAAGAAGAUUGAAAAUGAUAUACUCAACGCGCUGGAAGAUACAAUGGAAAAUGAUCCCUUCUCAAGGAGGGAUGCGAUUUUUGGCUACUUUAGCUUUAUAUUAGUCGAUGGACAAUUAAUAGUUAGCACAGUAGAUGCGGUUACUAGAGAGACAAUAGUUAAUUUCGAAAUGGAUUUUCAAAAACUUAUAUCAUUUUUUGAAAUGAAGCCGAAGUUCAGCUCGUAUGCCAUUGGUAUAUCAUUGGGCUCAGUUUGUCUUAAAGAUACGCUUACUAAAAAUACCGAAUUUCCAUUUUUGGUAAAACCACAAUUCGAUGAGCUGCCGAGCAAGCCAACGCCGCCCAGUACAGGCUACCAACUUAUAGAUUUCAAACGAUUCUUUACAAAGGAGCAACAAGUUGACUCGGCACCUGAGCCUUGGUUUCAACUACGCUAUGAAAAAGGGCCGCCGGAUGUACAGUCCGAUAUGCGGUUGGUUAUCAAAUCUCGUAGUUUAGAUAUUGUAUACAAUAAGAAUGCAUUUGACUGCUUAAAGUCAUUCUUUGUAAAGCCGGUGAAUGAAGUUUACUUGCAGCAUAAGUUGGCUAAGGGUCAGCGCAAUAGACUGAAGUUCCUACAAAACUGGCAGCAGUAUUUAGUAGGUAAUGAGGAUUUUCGUUCGACUUGGUCACUUGAAAUCGACAUUUCUGCGCCACGUAUAAUUUUUGCUCAAAAUCAUUUGGAAAAAAACACUGGCGUGGUAGUAGUCGAUUUUGGACGUUUUCAAAUGCUCAAAAAUGAAUGUCGCAAGAAAGAGACUGUAGUUGGGCGCGAUAGUGCAGCUGUAAGUGAAAUAACUUCAAAACUAGAAAAGUUGGAUAGUGAAGAUGAGGAUUUCAUGACACCUUGCUCGACGCCACCAGGAUCGGAAAUUAGUUUGAUUGAGUCGCCUACGCUGUGUCAAAAUUCCACCUCAAUUGUUAAUGCGGAUACUGGUCUAGAAAGUGCCUUCCAUAGGAAAAUCUAUGAUAAAUACUCUAUAAACCUAACUGAUAUGCAAGUGAUCGUUUGUAAAAAUCGUGAACGAAAUCACGCUUGCACAAAGCAUACAUCAAAUUUUCAUUUGCUAGAAAGGUUCAGCAUUUGCUUGGAGUUGGAGCGUCGCGUGAUUUACACUAUCGAUCCUGAUUAUCCCUCACUAACGCUGUAUGGCACGCUACCCAAGAUAGUGGCACAUCUUAAUGAACAAAAAUUAAAUGAAUUCUUUAAGAUACUUUAUCCUAUCAUAACAGUUGGCUUUGCGAUGAAUGAAAACGUUAAUGGAAACAACUACGUUGAAACAGUCGGUAUAGGAGUGGUCGGUGGCUUAGGUGUAGAAGAAGAAAAUUUGUUUGUAAAUGGACAUGUUCCAGAGGCGCCACCUAAUUUCCUCAAUACCAAUCUGAUGGUAGUACAAUUUGUAAUUGGACAAAUGACACUCGAAGUGCAAUCCUUGGAGCGUAGCAUAGCUGAGUUGCAAGUAGUUGGUGCGCGCGCAGGUAUUACGAAGCGUUCGGAGGAUACCCACAUUAGUAUGUCUGUACAUGGUUUACUAUUGGUUGAUGCUAUACAGUCUUUCGGCCCAGAUUUUGAGCUACUGGUGGCAAGUCAUCGGCACGUGGGCAUGGAUAGCAUUUCGGGUAGUUUGAAGCAGAGUAAGCCCUGCUCGCCUACAUCACCAUCUUCGCCGGAUCCUAUGUUGGGCGCGGAACGUUGCACAAGUCCGCUUACGAUAAACAGAGCACUCAGUGCGCUGGAAAGUGGUCGAAAAUACUUUGAUAUGGAUUAUGAUGAAACGCAAGCACUCAUAAAUAUUGACUUAAAUUUAAUUGACUCUAACGAUCAAAAUGAUUCACUACAAAUUGCAAAUAUCGCAUUCAACAAUUUAGAUAUUAUUGCCAAUCAAGAAACGAUUGUAGAGCUACUAGGCUUUGCAAAGCGCCUACACAAUACCCACGAAGCGAUAUUUCGCCGUAAUCAACACAAUCUUGCAGCUACCGACACAAAUACGCACACCGCUAACAAAAGGCGUGCCAGCGCCUCAACUAAUUUACGCACAGAAAUAUGCUUUGACUUUCAUCGUUUAAAUAUUUUAGUUUUGCGUAGCAUAAAUAAAGGAGAAUUUUCUGUGGGACGUAAAGUUGGUACGCUAACUAUGAGCGAAGCUAAAAUACACGCAACAUUCGGGGAAGAUAUAAGCGUCAUAGGUUCAUUGGGUGGCGUACAAAUUAUCGACAUCACGCCGGAGGGCAUUAAUCAUCAGCGCAUUUUCUCCGUUGGCAAAGAUCCACUCACCAACGAUACGCCUGAGUUUUACAAACAUGAACUACUCAAUACGCUCACCAAUGAGCUGUACAAUGACAACUAUGGUGAUGCACAAUUGAAUGCUUUGUCUUUCCAAAUUUACUGUCAAAAAGAUUCAACGCCGAAUUUGAAAAUACGCAUGGCUUCGGUGUGGUAUGUGCACUGUCCACGUUUCAUACAGGAGAUAAAUAUGUGCAUAUCGCAAUUUAAGCAUUACCUAAAAAAUUUUGCCACUUCUAUACGAAACAAAGCAAGCGACAUGGCGAAGGAACUUGUGCAACACAUACAAAAAACUACUGAAACAGAGACUGAAAACUUGCGCACUGCCGGUCGAAUAUCCAUUGAUAUUGUAUUGAACACACCCGUUUUGGUAUUGCCACGUUCUGGAGAUAGCUUAGAUGUACUCGUUGCUAAUUUAGGCAAAAUUACCGCUUACAAUACUCAUGAAGAGAAUGAGAUAUCAAUUUCGAAGUCGACGGAGAAUCUUAAUAUGUGGGCCAAAGAUAAUUACUUCAUUGAUAUACGUAACAUAAAUUUGUUCUCAUUGAAUACAUCGAAGCGAAAAGAGUUGGGCUUUUCGGCAGCAUUGCCGAAGGUAAACGAAUUGUAUGCUUGUAAUACUGAUGCUGUGCCUAUAUUACACGAUACAGCAAUGCUAUUCAAGUUGACUAAGUAUAUUACAAAAACCAAAAAGGAAAUUUACUGGACGCUGCGUAAUAAAUUAAAUGUGGAAGGCAGCAUUACACAGUGCUUGCAAGUUUCAUUGUCGCGUAGUCAAUACGAACAAGUACUCGACACCUUGAACUCCUAUUCCAAAUGGCGCAGCAAUGGUUAUCCCGAUUCAAACGCCGCAAUAUCUGUCGAUCAGCCAGAUAGUGCACCUAAAGACAAAAUCAACGAAUUCGUGGGUUUCGAAGAAACUUUUGAAACAAAUUUAACAUUUUCCGUACCGAUAUUUCAAAUACACUUGAAAAAUAAACUCAAUAACUCAUUGAUCGAUGUUACAUUUCGUGAUUUUAGUUUGCAAUACAAUCAGCUGAAUGAUAUUACUAAUUUAGAAGUAUUGUUGCGUUCUAUCGUUAUGGAGGAUUUGAAGUGUGCUAUGGAUUCACGUUUUCGUAAUAUGGUUGAUUCAACAUCCACUGAAAAGGAGAUAAUUUACAAGACUGAAAAAUGUUUAUCGUGUCCAAAUCUCACAAACAUACAUUUACAACAAAAUGAAUUAUCCCAUUCCAUGCCAUGUAAACUGAACCAUCCAUCCUUCUUGUCCGCUGCACAGACGCCGGUGAAGAAGGCUCUAAGCAGUGGCAAUACAACGAGAGCUGCCGCCGAUGAUAAGUUAGUAAUCUACAAGUCACGGACACAAAUAGUGACGGAAGCGAAUGGUAAACCUGUUAGCGAAACUAAGAGUUCUAUCGAUUUCAAUUGCCUUAAUUUAACGGUUUCGGUAUGCAGAUGGUUUACGAUUUUCGAUUUCUUUGGCAUGGUAUCGUCAUACGAAGUAAAGAGUACGGUACCUACGAGAAGUGAACACAGUGAGGACGAACCAAUUUCACUGGGCGAAUUGAAGGUGUCAGUGCGUUCAUUAAAUUUGAUAUUGGUACGAAAUGAAGUUGAGCUUUCCAAGGCUAACAUAUCACAUGCGCAUUUCAAAAUCACCAGUAAUAAAGAUCUGAAAUCAGUGGAGGGACGCCUCAAAUCUAUUUCGUUGUAUGAUCUGACGCAUUUUGGCGAUUUGUAUCGUGAAAAAUUUUCCACUGCUGGACCGGAAGCAAUGAGUUUUUCAUAUAAAAAACUUAAUCCGGAAACAAAAUCCAAUGAACGUUCCCUGGAUAUGGAUGCAAAAUUGCGCAUACAAAUGUCAUCUGUGCGAUAUAUACACACCAAAAGAUUUAUUAUGGAGAUUCAUUUAUUUUUGAAAGAUUUGUUGGAGUUGCAGUCGCCCGUCAUUAGGCGCAUUAAAAUGACCGAAAGCCAAGCCGAUAUAAACUCCAAGCCAAUCAAGAUUGGCCUUCGCAUUCAUGCCGCCUCGCCCAUAGUACUGCUGCCACUCAGCUAUAAUAGUACACAGGUUAUAGUUGCCGAUCUUGGCGAGUUUACAUUGAAAAACGCAUUUCACUUUGCAAGUGAUUCGAGCGUUGUAAGCAAACGGCAAGAUGAACGAGGCAUGGAUGAGAUACUCGACGUUAUGCAUAUCGAUUUGGUCAAUAUGAAUUUAUUCUCCGGCGAACGAAUUUGGAAAACAAAUAAAACGCUCAACUACAAUCCAUGUGAAUGUGUGAAUAUUGGCAACUUCACCAUACUCAAAUUGGGCAAUAAUCUCUUCAAGGAGACGUGUCACCUCAAAUUGCAAGUAGAACGUAACAUAGAUGCGGCUGUGAGUCACAAUUGUUCGGAUAUAACGGUGAAGGGUGUACUCUCAAAAUUAAAUGGCAUUGUGAAUUUGCAACAGCACAAAUUGUUACGUGGCUUUCUCAGCUACAAUUUGGGUGAAAUGAUUGAUGAUGUGUACUUUAAUUAUUCGAAGAAUUUCUAUGAAUCUGCCGAUAAAUUGAAUUCUGCUAGCGAGUCUUGCAACUCAGCAGAGACAUUAGAUGUGCAUGUAUGGAAUACAAUGUCCAUCAAUUUACAGUUGGAAAAUGUUUCUGUUUCCCUGGUAGAGCAACAGAGCUACGAUAAUGAAACCAAACCAUUAGCCUGUGUAAAUUUCAUAAAAUCGUUCUUGCAAAUUGACUCAUUCAGCGAUGGUUCGCAAGAUAUUGAUUUAGUGUCCAGCGAGGUGCUAGUGCUCGACUCACGCCCCGAACAUGUAUCGCGAAAUGUAUUCCGUCAUAUUUUGAAACCCAAGCGUGAUAAUCUCUCGAAAACCGUCGUACAAGCGGAAAUUCAUAGCCGCAAACGUGGCAACUCAUCAAAGUAUAAAAUUUUAUUAAAUAAUAUGCGCAUCAUGGCCAUAUUGGACUGUCUGGAGAGCAUAAAAAAGUUUCUCGAAGAGGAACCCACAAUAUCAACGUCAGUGACACCAUCGUGGCGCAAUAAAUUGAUGAAACAAACUUCAACCACGCACGAAGCUGAUGUAAAAACAGAUUCUGAAAUCAUUUUGAAUAUCACUGACUCCGAAUUGAUUUUUGUUGAGAAUGUGGAACUGACCGAUACGAAUGCAAUCAUUUUGAAAAACACCACGGUGUUGCAAUACAGGCCCAACAACACCGUCUGCCCCAUUUCGAUUGACGUCAAUCAUUUAGAGGUAUUCUCCUGCAUACUGGGCGCCGAAGAGGCAAGCGCGCUCUCCAUUAUCGAUCCAUUCUCAUUGAAUAUGGAAUUGAAAAGCAACUGCUUCCACGUAUUCAUACACAAACAACUCUCCAUACGCCUCUCCUACAACGAUGUAAAAUUAUUUUCGAAAAUGCUUCAAUCAAUACCCAAUCAAACGAAGACAUCACAAAAGCAACUGAGCCGCAGCAAUUACGCAAACUUUGAAAUGAUCGCACCGCUAAUUGCUUUGGGUUUCAAGCAAAAGGAUUGCUGGGAGGCCAUGGAAGUCAACAAUUAUAAUUUGAACGAAGCCGCGCUCUGGCUGUCACAGCAAAAGCACUUGAAAAGCACCGACAAAGGCUGCCUGGAAGUGCACGAUCUGCUCAUAAGCGCCAACUGCAUUUCUAUUUGUGUUAUUGAUGACUGCAUGGAUGCGGAUGUGCCGCUGCUGGAGGUUGCACUAUCACAGCUGACGUUGGCGCAGCGCCUGGGCAGUGGCAAGACGCCAGUGGAAGGAGGACGCAGCACACCGUUGUACCAGGAGGGCCGUCUGGAAACGAUAUUCGCUAGUGACUACUAUAAUCGACGGCUGAGCGGCUGGGAGCCGGUAGUUGAACCGUGGGAGUGCUCAGCCCAUUGGCAAUAUUCGCGCACAACCUUGAUGGUGCCGAAAAUGUUGGUGAUGCAAGUAAGUAGCAAGCAGCUGCUCAAAUUGAAUGUCACAUCGACGCUCAUAGAACUCUGCGAUAUUGUGCGCAACAAUUGGAUUAAAGAUUAUUAUGCGCAAGGAAAUAGCAGCAGUAGUGGCAGUAGCGCUGAUUCGCUAACAGGUUUUCGGCGCCGUUCGCCGUUUGUUCCAUUCGCGCUUAAGAAUCUCACCGGCGAGCCGUUGCUCUUUAAGACACUCUACUCCUCGCCCGGCGGCAUUACACGUACCGAGGUCAAUCAGACGGACAUCAUGUGCAAUUGGUUGGCCGUGCAGCCCAACGAAAUUCUACCAUUCGACUUUGGCCCACAAACCAAGCUGAGGCACAUGAACUCGCACAAAUUGAAUACACAUCAGAUAUUGGUACAAAUUCAAGGCUGGACCUUGAUUGGGCCCAUAUCCAUUGAUAAAGUGGGCAUAUUUUUUCGUUACUCCACGCUGGAUAUGCAAUAUAAGAAGCGCACACGCAUAGUAUUCGACAUAUCGAUGUUCGGUUCAGCACAGAAACUAAUAACAAUACGCUCGGCAUUGACGGUCGUCAAUCGGCUGAAUGAGCGUGUACUACUCAAAAUGGAGGGCAAGCAUGAGGAGAGCGUUGCGUUGUCGUUACUCGAACCCACCGAGCAGCUAAGUGUGCCCCUACGUUUGGUAGAUGCGCUCAUCUAUUUUAGACCGUAUUCACCUACAAAGCCCCCGGAUGCGCUGGUGGAGAGCGCUACCGAGGGCAAAACAGUUUUCGUGAGGAAAAAUUCUCUUAUGCGCACUAAUCGUUGCGAUGAACUUGAAUACAGUACCUGCGGCAUAACGUGGACCACCUGCACAAAAGAUUCGGUAGAUGAACUCUUCUCAUGCUAUGGCAAGAGUAAUGCUGUCUUUUAUACGCUCGUCGAAAUACGGAAAGUCAAGUAUCCGAACAGGGAUGUUAAUACGCCGGGCCACAUAAUUACACUCUUGCCACCUUUGAAGCUGAAAAAUAUGCUUUCCUGUGAUUUGCUUUUCAAAAUUUCCGGUCAUAUACAGGGGAGAAUUAAUCCUUCAGAGGUUGUGAAUAUACACACCAUAAAUGCCUGCGAUUCCUUUGUACUAAGCAUCACGUUGGAUAACUACAAGUUGUCAGGGCAGCUGAAAAUACCAAUGGGUCAUACUGGUAUUGUGGAGCCGAAAUUGAAAUUGAUCGAUAUUUUAAAUCGCGAGCUCUACUUGCGCGUCUCAAUACAAUCAUUUCAAGGCAAAGGCAUGGAGAUAUUUAUUAGUGCGCCCAUUUGGAUUAUCAACCGUACCGGACUGCCAUUGGUGUAUAGACAAGAGGGCACAAAUCGCUUGGGUUCCGGGCAGUUUGACGAGCACGAACAGGCGCGUAUUGUAUCACCGUUGCUUUUCUCCUUCUCCGAUCAGGAAGGCUCGCCGUCGCUGGAGAUACGACUAGGCAGUAGUUUUGGGAAUAAUAAUCCGUGGUGCAAAAGCUUUAACAUACACAAAGAAACUUUCCAGCGACAGUUGCGUGCUGAAAGAUAUAAAGGCUGCUAUGCCAUUGGCGUAAAUAUACGCAGAGGUCGUGGUUUAUAUUCUUGGACGACUUUUAUAAUUCUAUCGCCUCGCUAUCAGCUUUACAAUAAAUCCACGAGAAAGUUGGAGUUUUCACAAAAGUGUGAUAUUAAAAAACCGGACAAUGCCAACGCUGAGCACAUAAUAUCAGCAUUACCGGGCUGUAAUUUCCCCUUUCACUGGCCGAAUUACGAGCAGGAGCCGCUGUUGUGUGUGCGCAUAAGCGAUGUCAGUUGUUGUCAUUGGUCACACGGCAUACCCAUCAACGAAGUACAUUCCAUAUACAUAAACGUACGCAAUGAUUUGGGUGAAAUGAUCUUUUUGCGUCUGGAAGUGAUCUCCAAAGGCGCCACAUACUUCUUUCUAUUCAGCGAUGCGUACACUCUACCACCACCCAUACGCAUUGAUAAUUACUCGGAAAUAAUGAUACAUUUCUAUCAGUAUGCUUGUAAGCCUCACUGGCGCUCAACAGUGCGCCCGCAAUCAUCGCUGGCAUACGCCUUAGAUGACCCCCUGGGUGCGCAUAUGCUACAGAUAGAGGCACCCGGUGGUAAUACGAUUGAGUUUGCGCUCAACAAAAUGGAAAGUUCCAGCAGCAUCACAUAUGCUAAUUUCAUUUAUAUUGCAUUCAAGGAAACAUUCGCCUAUACGGAGAGUGAAAUGGCUCAAUUGGGUAUCGAGGGACAGCAACUUGUAUUGGCUGUACGCGAUAAAAAGGUUGUUGUGGCGCAUAAGUGUACAGGUGAUCGUUCGCAACUUUGGCUAAUGAACACGUGCGGUCAGUUAGAACACGAAGGCUCAUCGCCUCCUACGGAAUUUGGUAAAUACAGUGAAUCGAAUAGCUUUCGUAUGGUGUUGGAUGUGGAAAAGGCACUAAAUCCGAAUGAUUAUACAAAUUUGGUCAUAAGACCGCCAAAUAAGCAACGCGUGACCACACAGCGGUGGCGUUUCGAGAACGGACGAUUGAUGUGUCAUACGAAUAUGUGUGUGCAGGUCCGCAAUGGCGUAUUCGGUUUACGUCCCGGCUCCGAGGUCGUCCUUGGCCGCAUACAAUCGAGCUCGCGUGCCGCUAGCUGUGAUAAUGUCCCAUUUGAGCAAAGCAUUGAAAUUCAGAAAUUACGUCCUGGUUCUGGCCACUUGGAGGUUUUAAGCAAAAUGGAUGGUCCCAUACGCACUAUACAAAUUCAUGAUGUUAAACUAAAACCAGAAGAUAUAGUGCUAACACCAGAUCCCAAUUGGAAUCAUGCAUCGAUCAGCAGUCGUAUGACUGUGGAUGAACACAAGGGCAGUGUUUUCGAUGAAUUUUCGUUAAAAGUCGAUUUACAGAAAGGCAUAGGCAUUUCGGUCGUAACACGUCAACCUUGCGAAGAACUCGCCUUUAUUACCUUGGAGACCAUUAUAAUAGAUGUGCAUUCAACACGCUUUAUCAAAUCGUUCGAAUUCAAAGUGGCCGAUCUGCAAAUUGAUAAUCAAUUAUUGGAUACUUCUUGCCCGGUGCUGUUGCAUACAGUACGCACAACAGGCGAUGAUCAGCCCAGUAGCGCAUUAAUUUUGAAAACGAAACUCUUGCCAAGCCCCAAUAAAAAUGCGAUUAUAUUUGAGUAUCUAACAUUCGAUAUCAGCCCAUUUGUGUUGAUACUCGAAGAACGUUUGAUUCUAAAGACCGCCUACUUCUUCGGCUUGGGCAAGGUAGAUAAAUACAAAACGAAUACGAAGGAGUACGAUCACGGAUUGCAAAAUAUCGAAGAGCUGUCACUUUCCAUGAAUCCACGAAGGUUUUACUUUGAGUCACUAAACAUUGGAUCUGGUCAGGUGCGCGUCUCCGUCUUUACGGCUCCGAAAUUAACACCAGAACUAUUCGAAACUAAGAAGGCGCUUGGCUUAACUUUAGUAAAAUUCGAAGACGCACUUAUAGAAUUCGAUAAGUUCUGCGAUAAGCAUCACUUUGAGCCUUUAGAGGUAUAUCUAAAAGCAAUCAAAAGCCAUUAUGUUAACCAAAUCAAAAGGCAUGCCGCCUCUAUACUGGGCAGUGUCGACUUUCUUGGCAAUCCGCUUGGCUUUGCCAAUGAUCUCUCCGAAGGUGUCUCCGGUCUAAUAUUUGAGGGUUCCGUUAAGAGUCUUGUUAAAAAUGUCACACAUGGCAUUUCUAAUUCCACUGCCAAACUAACCGAAACGCUAUCGGAUAGCUUGGGACGUGUAAUGCUCGACGAACAUGACAAUGAAACACGUCAACGCAUACUCGAGAUACAAUCGAAUACCUCUGGGAAUCAUUUGGCAGCGGGUCUUAAGGGUUUCGGCUUUGGUCUGCUCGGUGGAGUCACGAGCAUAGUGCGACACACCUAUACGGGCGUACAAUCUGACGGCUUCCCUGGCUUACUAAGCGGCCUAGGCAAGGGAUUGGUAGGCACGGUGACUAAACCCAUAAUUGGUGUGCUGGAUUUGGCAUCGGAAACGGCGAGUGCAGUGCGUGAGACGAGCAAAACAUCGGGUCGCAUGUUGCCAGAUCGCAAACGUUUGCCGCGUUGUGUGACUGGUGCGCCCGGUGGACUACUGCCCUCCUACUCAUAUCGACAGGCGAAGGGUCAACAAUAUUUAUAUAUAAUAAAUCGUAGAAAUUUCACCGAGAAACUCAUGUCUUAUGAACCGAGUUUGUGCAAUGAUAAAGAUGCCAAAUUGCGUCUGCUCGUAACCACCGAAUUCAUACGCAUAUUUUCACGUUGUGAAGAGGAUCCGGCUAUAAUGUUUGAAUGUCAUUUAAGUGAAGUGCUUUCUUGCCAUCCGCUGACCACAAAUGUGGCUAACUCUGCAGUACCGGGAGGUAGCAAAAAUACACCUAGUUAUUAUAUUGAAAUUUCCACUAAUCUGCCGAAGAUCACACGACCGCGGGUCAAAUGUCAAACUGAGGAUGUAGCGGAACGUGCGGCACGUUGUAUCAACUAUGCUAAAAGUGUCUUUGAUGAGCGCGAACAAUCUGUGACAAGUGAAUAACGGCGAUUUACCACUGUUAGUUCAUAUACAUACAUAUAGUGUAUUGUAAUAUUAAGUGUUGAUACUAAUAUAUUAUUUAGUGUAUAUAUGUAUGUACGUAUCUUGUAAUUUAUAUAAAGUAUUUAAGUAUUAUAAAUAAUGUAUGGCGGGCAUUAAAAAACAAAUUCGACUGCAAAAUAUUAUUUAUCUAUGGAAAGAAAAAUGAUGAUGGUAUUUUAUCUUUAUCCUCUUUCGGCGAGGGGAGCGAGAUGUUGAAGAGUCUCCCUUUGAUGGGUAUCGCAGCGAAACGCUCUCACUCGCGUUUUUCACCUCUAU